UCGCUCACGUGCACAUCUCUAACUGAAAGUCUGGUUUUUCAUUCUGGAAAAUUUUCUUCACAAGAUUUGGCUUCGAUGGCUCCGUUUAAGCGUAUGCGACAGCCGAAGAUUACCACACAGGCUCUACUGGACUUUGAUCUUGGCGAGAGCUCUUCGGAUAGUGAUUUCCUGCCCGAUAUUGGAUCCGACGACGAUGGAUCAAAAGAUGAAAGCGAUGGCGAGGAGGGCGACAGUAGCAGUGGGGGUAGCAGCAGCGAUGGCGGCGAUUCAGAUUCGGAUAAAGGAGGUUCAGACUCUGAGGAUUCGACAAAACAGCUGCGGCAACUUCUAGCUGAGGAAAACAGAGCUGCAGGAUCGGUUGGAGGAGGAGCAGGUGCAAGCGGAGAAACUGUUGUUAAUGGUGUAGGAGCGGGACCGGGUGUGGGUGCCCUACCCCGACCCCUGCAAUUGAAUCAGCUGUCAAAGGCUCCCGCCAAGCGCAUGUGCUGCGUUUGCCUUGGCGAGCGCAGCGACGAUGUCAAUGAGAUUGUUGAAUGUGAUUCCUGCGGCGUUUCUGUCCACGAAGGAUGUUACGGCGUUAGCGACAAUGUGAGCAUCUCCAGCACCAACUCCACUUGCUCCACAGAGCCCUGGUUCUGUGAAGCUUGUCGAGCUGGGGUAACAGAGCCAGACUGCGAGCUGUGCCCCAAUCGCGGUGGAAUCUACAAAGAGACUGAUGUGGGCAAAUGGGUACAUUUGAUUUGUGCACUCUACGUGCCAGGGGUUGCCUUUGGCGAGGUGGAACAACUAUCUUCGGUCACACUCUUCGAGAUGCAGUACAGUAAAUGGGGAGCUAAGGUCUGCUCCCUGUGCGAGAAUUCCCUUUUUGCCCGGACGGGAGUGUGCAUUGGAUGCGAUGCCGGCAUGUGUAAGACUUACUUCCAUGUCACCUGCGCUCAAGAAGCUGGAUUUCUUAUCGAAGCCCAUCAUGAGGACGAUGCAGCGGAUCCAUUUUAUGCCCAUUGCAAAGUUCAUUCCGAAAAGGAGAUGAUCAAGAAGCGGAGGAGAAACUAUCACACUCUCCGUUUGAAUAUGAUGCAAAAAGCCAGGGAUAAGGAGGAGGAAUCGUUAAUCGACCAGCCCAAUCCUGCCCAGGCGCGUAUUCAAAGAAAACUUCAGAAGAUACAAUCCAAAUAUUCGCAACAUAAGCGAAUGAAACCCUUGCCCUGGGUUCCCACCCAAAAGAUGUCUCGCCUGCUGACCACAUCGGCCUCGGCUUGUCGCCGUCUCUUAGCCAAGGCGGAGACCAUGUCGGUGGACGUUCACUACUUGGAGCAGCGAGAGGCUCACAUUAACGCAUUGACUGAUAUUCGCAAAAAAUGGCAUAUUGCUCCAGCCUUCAAUGUGGAAUUCACUGCUUACUAUAUGGAUCGUCUGAAGCGCAUGGAAGAUUUCCGCCAGCAACAACAGAAAUUGAUAGUACACAAUGCAACAUUGUCCAAGGAUCAGGAUUUGCUAAGAGCUCAGUACGAUUCAGCUUUGGAGGAGAGGAAAGCGGAGAAAUCCCAACGAGAUUCACUUUUCAGUAACAUUAAGUUACUGCAUGGAGAACUGAGCCAGAUCUUGCCAAGUUUAAGCUUACCAACUAAUCUAGAAUUAAUUGCACGACCACCAGUAAAAGAGGAGGAGCAAGUGGAAGUGUUCACUCCCACUCCUCCACCGCCGGCGCCUCCACAAAGGCCCAUUUCAGUACCUACGGCUGCUGCCCUCAAAAUGGGUGUAGGCUUCCCUUUGCUGGGUCAUCUGGGGCCGCCAGGCACUCGACUCCUAAGCACCCAUGCAUCUGCUGCCACGAAGACUCCCACACCGCCCACCAUUGCGCCGUCGGUGUCAUGCGGCAUCUGCAAACGUCAGAAUGAUCAACAUUUAUUGGUUAAAUGUGAUACUUGUAAUCUGCAUUAUCAUUUGGGUUGCCUGAAUCCCCCCCUGACACGACCCCCCAAGAAAUCCAAACAAUAUGGUUGGCAAUGCUCGGAAUGUUGUGAUAAGUCCGAUGGCUCUGAUGCUCUCACUGAGAUCAUCUCAUCUGGCCCUCGGAAGUCUCGUACACGCUUCAAUAAGGAAGGGAAUUUGGUAUACAUGGAACAUUACUCUUUGGAUGAUGUGCCGCCAUCCCCUAUACACAAAGAGCCAACGGCGGGUAAACGGACAUUAAACAAGUCCUUGCCAGUGGGCGUUGGGGAAAACUUAGAGGAAUUUGUUAACAAAUCACCUAAACGAGCCAAAAUGCAAUCACCUCGAAAGACGCCCAUAAAUGUGGUACCAGCUGCCUCCCAAUUGGUCACACCUACAGCCAGUUGUGAAGAUUCAAUAGAUGAUUCCAUAGGCAAACAAUCCCGCAAAGGCAAACGCAAGGAUAAGCACAAAGACUUGGAGAAAUCUCUAAACAAGGAGCAUAAAAGAAAGCGCAAGAAGCGUGCUCACAUGGACGCAGAGCAACAGCAACAGGAUUCCACUACAUCAAAUCAAGGGGGCAGCACAAUAAAAAUAAUAUUUAAAGCAUUGCGUUUGCCUGGUGAAGAUGCUCCCGAAUCUCAGUAUUUCUAUGUACCAGCAAAUGCUGUACGCUCGGUGGAUGAAGCCUCUCGGCCGACAUCGGUGGAAACUGUUGAGGACAGUGGUGGACCAGUAGUAGUUGCAGCACCAGUAGUAUCUGUACCGCCAGCAGCGACAAUGACACCACCUCCUCAACCAAUUGUUCAGGAAGAACCACUACCUGUCGAAGCAGUAGAUCAAGAUACUCCGGUUGCUACCAUAACGACGCCUUCGCCGAAGCGCAAAGUUAGUCCCCGUAAAACAAGUCCACGCAAACCUCGUAUAGGACGUCCUAAGACUGCGAAUAGUAAACCUGCUGUUGAGAUUAGUUGCUGCGUUUGCUCAGAAAGUGGAAAAACCAAUCAGGUUGUGACCUGCGAUGAGUGCCACAAGCAUUAUCAUUUCGCUUGCCUGGAGCCGCCAUUGAAGAAAUCACCAAAAAUACGAGGAUAUUCCUGGCACUGUGCCGAUUGUGAUCCCACUGAUGCAGAAGAGCCCAAAAAAUAGUUUCCAAAUCAAAUUUUAUAAUUGUAAUUAUUUACUCCAUUUGAGUACAGUAUUCAUAAUUAUUUGUAGCUAUGAUUUAGUUUUCUAAUUCCAAAAACAAAUUUAAUUUUAUAUAGAUUCUCAAAACAUUUAUAUUAUAACUACAUUAUUUUAAGACUAAA